AUGAACUCCGUUGCGCUGAAGAUAUCUCGUGCUCAUCUCAUUCGAUUUGCGUCGCCAUGGACGAACUUUUGCACCAAAAGGUUCAAUUCAAGUUCAGUAAACUCUCGGCAAGCAUUUCUUGAACCCCUCGAGUGCCAGGCAGGAAUUACGUGUCUUUCGCUCAAUCGUCCUCAAAGUAAGAACGCCAUCUCAACCACUCUGCUGAAGGAACUCAUCCAGUGCUUGGACACGGCACAGUUUGAUAAGAGUAUCCGUGUCCUUAUCCUAAGGUCAUCGACUACAGGCUCUUUUUGUGCGGGUGCAGACCUGAUAGAAAGGCGAUCCAUGUCGCAAGUCCAAGUAGCGAGGUUUUUGUCAGAUCUCAGAGUCGCUCUUGGGAAGCUCGAGACCCUCCCUAUGCCAACUAUUGCAGCUAUUGAUGGUCCAGCACUUGGUGGUGGUCUUGAACUUGGGCUUGCGUGUGAUCUGCGCAUUGCAGGACGCAAUGUAACGAAGAUAGGUCUACCUGAAACAGCCUUAGGUAUUAUACCUGGGGCGGGAGGGACACAACGUGCCACCAGACUGGUUGGUCCAGCGAGGGCAAAAGAUCUUAUAUUCACCGCUCGCAUGCUUUCUGCUACAGAAGCUCUUGAAUGGGGUCUUGUUGACUACAUCUCUUCCCCCGAGUCCGACGCGUUUGAGCGUGCCGUUCAACUGGCCUCACAAAUCAGGAACAAUGCUCCUCUGGCUCUUCGCGCUGCAAAACAAGCUAUCUCGAGAUCUGAGGAUUUGGCUUUGGAGCCAGGCCUUGACUUUGAAAGGGCAUCUUAUGAAACUCUACUAUCCACUCAAGAUCGUAUGGAGGCUUUGGUAGCAUUCAAAGAGAAAAGACGUCCUGUAUUUAAAGGAGAAUGA